GGGGCACCGCAAUCGGGAUUGGUGGGGGAGGAGGACAAUUGCGGAGGGGCAUGCGUUCGGGUGGAUUUCAUUUCUCAACUUACUUCGGAGGACGCAUCAGGUUCACCGUCCGUAAGGUACCGCAACAUGUAAUUUUGGUCAGUCUCUCUUUCUCUCCUCUACCUAUAUUGUAUGUACAUACUCCGUGCUCUUCAUUCCUAUAGACAGUAUCAAAUGUGUUUUAGGGAGUGUCCAAUGGAUGAAAUUUUUCUCUUUUCUGAAAUUGUUUCAUCUAAUGAAAACCCCCCUAUUGAUCAUCUUUAAUUUGCCUUCCUGGACGAUCUGCGGUCGAGUCCCCAAGCACCACGUAAUUCAUCUUCAAGCUCUAACAACCUUCUUGGGUGACGAUCGACCCUUCAAUUUUACAGGUGGUAUGGCGUGCGUGCCGUUUAUUUUCCACACGUGCUUACAUCCACCCGCCUAUUCAUCGCACCUUCCACUGACGGGCAGGCCCCAUGUCCUUAAUUAUACUUGCGUAUACGUAAAAUAGGUUUAGUCGCAGCGUCUACACUUCGAACAAACUCCGGUAAGCCGUGAGACCGUCCAUGCGUCAAUCGAACCCUAUGGGAAAGCUGAGCGUCACCCCAUAUCACCCCAUCUGGUGUUCACUCGGCAUCAUUCGAUCGGGCACGGCAACACACUAGGGGCCUUCCCCGGUUAAGAACGGGCCAUUCGGCAAGGCUAUCGGUUUGCCUUGUCGGAUAAUAUCUGGCAUC